UUUUUAAAAUCUCGUUUACAAUUCACGUUGAUUUAUAUAUUCCGCGAAUUAAGUGCCGCUGAGUCGUCGUCGUCGUCAACAUCAUCAGUCGUGGUUAAAUCCACUGCUGGAUGGAAGCCUCAAUCGUCAUACGUCGCUAUGCGUUCAUCACGGUGGUCGUUCCCCGCAACGCGUGAACACCAACAACCGAUCCGCGUGGAUCCCUCCUGCACGCGAGUUUAUUUAAAUGUGCUCCAUCUCCACGGCGGUUGUAUCUCCCCUCCGCGAUGGUAUUAAUCUCCGUUGGCUGCAGAUUAUUACGGACAUAGUAUUCGGGAACCGUUUGCCGAUCCCCUUUACUGCGUUUGCAGGUGGUGCAUAUGUAAUACACGACGACGAAUCUCGUCACAUUCGUCAAUAAUAACACUCUGCAUGCCUUAAGAGGAUUAAAAAUAUAUAUGAUAGGUUAAGCUUGACCCAACCGGCUACGUUUUUUUUCCCAAAACGUCUUCGUCGUUAUUCUAGGCCACGUCACCGCCAAACCGGCAAACCUAUGCGUUUCUUCAGCACGGUGCUAGAGAGACACGCGUUGAAACCCCCUUGAUUCAGGGGCCCAUGGGGACGGCCGGUGGAGGCAGGCGGGCCCUCCCGGGCUGGAUGCUCACGGGUCCUGAUGCCCCAGAACACGCUGGCAAGCCAGGAUCGAACCCUGCGGGCAGGGGUAUGCAGACGGCUUCCGGCUCAAAAGGCACGGCACGGAGAGGCAAGACGAGGACAUCCAGGAAAUCAUUCUCCAAGCUCAAAGGUGGCCCUGCUCAACCCAUCUACUGCAUGAGCGAGUCAGAGCUGCUCCACACGGCCCUGCAGUUCCUCCCUGACAUUUCGGACACGGACAGCAAGGAGGCUAUUGAAGUGACUGCUACGGGGACCGAGGAGAGGAAAGGACUGAAGCUGACCACCACCGUGGAACAUUUGCCGAGCGAGUCUCAAGUACUGCUUGGGGGGACAAUGUCCCCCCAUGGACGAGUCUCCAGACCCCCUCUCGAGAGUGAGAUCAGUGGGCUACAGUGCUCCAAUGCCACUCGGCCUAGAGAGGACUCUGUGGAGGAUGACGGCAUGAAUGUUCUCAAGGAAAUAUUUUUCAAGAAAUGAACUGAAAGAAUUGUCUGGCGCUACAUGAUCUGCGUGUUGUCACAAUGGACAGCUGUUAUAUUUCCCGAGCCCAACCCUUGGUGUCUGGAGGAAGGAGCAGGGCCUAAAGAGAAAGAAGCAGUGCCUAAAGAAGAAGGGGCGGGUCCUAACAAGAAAAGAAACGGGGCUGAAUCACAAAGUGGAGGAUGGUGGCGGUCACAGAGAUGAAGGAGUUGGGGCCUAAAGAGGAAGGGGAGGGACCUACAGAGGUUCAACUUUCCCGUUGAUUUCAUAAAAGCAUAGAUUAAAUAAGUGCAACAGGCAGUAUACCUUUAGUACCCCAUAUGCGGCAACAGGUAAACUAGUAUACUUUGAUUAUACCACGCAGACCUCACUUAGCGCUACCUCGUAGAACGUUGAUUCAUUAUUGCGCUCUUUGUCCCGGGGACAUUUUUUUUACAAAAAUGGAUCAAAUCUAAACGAGUGAGAACAUGCAGCGCCGAGGAAACGCACCCGCCACCACCUGUGUUUAUGUUCGCUCAGCCAAUGAGUGCGACGAACACUCUGAGCUCACCAGUUAAAAAAAAAACACACACACACCUGCCCGCCGACAUGUGUAUACUGCGCCUUCGUCUCUGCCUUAUUUUUUGCGUGUUUUAUGAGUAUUUUAGACCCAUAAUGUCUGGAAAAGGCCUGCAAAUGUUAAUGCUGGAAAUGUGGCCAAGGUGUCAAGCAAAAGUAUCCCGUAGGAUGUUAAAAUGCAAGUGAUAAGGCGGGUAGAGGAGGUGUCAGGUGGCUGUGGGUCGUGAGCGACGGGUGGAUGUCCUCGUGAAUACAGUUCAUAAUACUGAUAUUAUAUUCAAACAUUUAAGAAAUGUUUACCAUCCCUAUUAUUUGUGAUAUUACAGAUACCCUAAUGAAGCCCUCAUAUGUUGCUCAUACGUAAGAAAUAACGUUGGGAACUCGACCUCAUAUAUGCACACUGCAGUAAUGACCCCUUUUAGCAAUGGUUGAUUUAGUUCUCACUUCUCCGGGAAUGGCAUCUUGAGCACUAAGCGAGGUCUAAGUGUAAUAAUUUACAGCCCUUUAUCAAUCCACUGGCUGGAAAAAGAGUGCCGUAGUUGUAUCCAUCCUAGAGAUUUUUCAAGAAAGUUUCAUUUGCACAAGAAAAACCCACCUGUACUUAUGCAGAAUAAAAUAGCAUAUCCUGAGUCUGGAAAGUAUGUAUAGGUUAGUAUCUGUGUUGAAUCACAUUUUUUUUAUUUUACCAGCCGAGGCCCACAGAACUAUAUAGCUCUUUUUCAGAAGUGAUCUGGCCACAAAUGAUAGUUCAAUGAAGUGGCUUAUUACGUGGGAAUUUAUUGCAGCAAAAUUCUCUUAAACGCAUGUUUAUAAAUGUGAAGGGGAAAACCGGAGGACCCGGACAAAAAUAUACACAACCCACGGGGAGAACAUGAAAACUCCAAAUAUAGAGGCGCCAGGGUUGGGAUCGAACCCACGACCUGCUGUAUACGAGGCGAGGUAGUUAACAUCUCGCCGCUAUGUCGCACCUCGCCACCGUAUGCACACAGGUAAUGACGUCACCGCCGUUGCAUUAGAUAAAAAAACAUGCUGACACUUUUUGUGCUAAUUCACCACAUCCCCCUUUUUUCACAAAACCACAGCGUCGCGUCUUGCGAAUUUUUUAUAUACAAAUCGCUAUCUCGGCCGUCCAAUGCUUUACUCCCAAGUUAGUAUAGCUUAAAAGAUUCGAGACGCUUUUUAUAGUGCUUAUCCGUUGCACUUUCAAGAGUGCUGUUUGUUGCUGGCCGCUUAGUGUUUUGGGCCUGUGCUCAGCAAACAUGAUUGUUUUUUGUUACAUAGCCCCCAUCCACCUAUUAUGAUGAUGUUGAGGGCGAAUAUUAUUGUGCAGUAAAUGCCACCGUAUAAUUCUGAAUUCA